AUGUCAAGCCCCGCCGCCGACGCCAACGACCUCCGCUCCCCUCACGUAGCUCUCCUUCCAAGCUCCGGCGCCGGUCACAUCACUCCCUUUCUCCGGCUAGCCGCAUCGCUGCUGAGCCAAAACUGCAGAGUCACGCUUAUCACCAGCCACCCCAUCGUGACUCAGGCCGAGUCCAAUCUCAUAUCCAGCUUUCUCUCCAGUUUCCCACAGGUCACUGAGAAGCAAUUCCACAUCCUCCCUCUAGAUCCCGCAUCCGCUGCCAGUUCCAAAGACCCUUUCUUCCUCCAGUGGGAAUCCAUCCGCCGCUCUCUCCACCUCCUCUCUUCCAUCCUCUCCUCUCUUUCUCCACCUCUGGACGCCAUGGUCUCCGACAUCACUCUAAUUUCCUCCACCAUCACCAUCACCAAGCCCAUGAAGAUCCCCAAUUAUGUAUUCUUCACGUCUUCAGCUAAAAUGUUCUCCCUGUUUUCUUACUACUCUGUCGUAUCCGAAUCCCUCGCCGAUUCCACCAAAAUCUCCGAAAUCAAAAUUCCGGGGAUCGGAGCUAUACCCAGAUCAUCAAUCCCGCCUCUGCUUCUAGUCCCCGAGUCGCUCUUCGCCACCAUGUUCAAAUCCGACAGCGAUAAUCUCCGGCAGUUCGACGGAAUCAUAAUAAACACAUUCGACCAGCUGGAAUCGAAAACCCUCAAGGCUCUAAAAGCAGGGGAAGUGGCAGGUGGGUUGCCUCCAUUGUUCAAUGUUGGACUAAUCCCUAAUGAUUUCGAGAGGAAAUUAGGGUUCGGCGGAGAAGGAGCCGAAGCUGUAUCGAAAUGGCUGGAUGCUCAGCUAGCUAAAUCAGUCGUGUAUGUGAGCUUCGGAAGCAGAACAGCUCUUUCGAGAGAGCAAAUCAGAGAAUUGGGCGAAGGGUUGGUCAAAUCAGGGUAUCCAUUCGUAUGGGUGAUGAAGGAUAAAGCAGUCGAUAAAGAAGAUGGAGAGAAAUUGGAGGGAGUAUUGGGGGCAGAGAUGAUGGGGGAGGUUAAGGAAAAGGGGAUCGUGGUUAAAGAAUGGGUGGAUCAAGUUGAAGUUCUGAGGCACAAUUCUGUUGGUGGGUUUGUGAGCCACUGUGGAUGGAACUCUGUGGUGGAAGCAGCUUGGGUUGGAGUUCCGGUGCUGGCGUGGCCGCUCCACGGAGACCAGAGGAUCAAUGGGGAAGUGGUGCAAGGAAGUGGGUUAGGGUUUAUGGGAGGGAAUUGGGGAUGGAGUGGACAAGUUUUGGUGAAGGGGGAAGAGAUUGGGAGAAGGAUUAAGGAGAUGAUGGAGGACGAAGGAUUGAGAUUGCGAGCUGGUGAGAUUAGAGAUGAGGUCAGGAAGGUUGUUGGUGGGACGGGUGAUGAUGGUUUGAAGCAAUUGAUUCAGAAAUGGAGGGCUUGA